GAGGAUGGCAGCCGCCCAUUGGAGCGCAGAAAGGGCCUCAUAAAUUAUGCUAAUUAGUCAUUUCAGAUUGGGGGCGUGGCUUAUGCCUUAAUGAGCGGAGUUGGAGUGUGUUUGGAGAGGUAUCUGCUCGGAGGUCUCCUGUCUGACUUUCUGUGGAAUCUCCUGCGUAACGACAGCUUCCUGUGCAGCGGACCCACCGUGCAACAAGUUUACAGGCGAGGACCGGAGCACCUCCACCCCCACCUUUGGACUCCCCAGCGCGCCGUCAGACAGGUUGUUUUGGCUCCACUCCUCCUGUCACUGUAAGCAGCACGCAGCGUGACUGCGCACCAGAUGCGUCUCGCUCCCGGCUGCGUGUCUUGUUCAGAGUUCAACUGGAGAUAUCCCGAAGACAAGAAGAAGAGCGUGAAGUGCGUCAUUUUUAACACUUAAUAAUAUUAGUAGUACUGAUUAUUUUUUAAUAAACAUGGAGAAAGAAGAAGCGGCUUCUCUGAAGGAGCGACACCGCCGCGCAAAAGUGCUGAACAUAAUCUCGUCCCUGUGCUCUCUGGCGUCCAUCGCGUUCUGCGUCCAUCUGAGCAUCAACGCGGCCCAAAUCCAGAACCGAGUUGUGGAUCUGGAGAGCGGGACGGGAGAGCGCACCAUCAUCCCCGGACCCGGCUACCCCAUGGAGGAUUUCAACGCUCUGAUUCAGCAGAGAGUGGAUGAGCUGCUGGCUCAGCACUCGUAUGAGAAUUUCGUCAAGAUCCGGACUGCAAGACAAACCUCACCUGAAUGCAACUGCCCCCCAGGACCUCCUGGUAAGCGAGGAAGAAGAGGACGUGAUGGAGAACCUGGACCUCCUGGCCCCCCUGGUAUAAAAGGUGAAAAGGGGGAUCAAGGUGACCAGGGACCUCGGAUGGUCUUCCCAAAGAUCAAUCAUGGCUUUCUUUCCGCUGACCAGCAGCUCAUAAAGCGUCGGCUCAUUAAGGGAGAUCAGGGCCAAGCAGGACCACCCGGACCUCCGGGGCCACCCGGUCCUCCUGGACCAAGAGGUCCUCCAGGGGACACCGGGAAGGAUGGACCUAGAGGCCUGCCAGGUCUCCCAGGUGAUUCAGGUCAGCCUGGAGAAACAGGAUCCAUGGGGCCUGAGGGGCCACAGGGGCCAAAGGGAUCUUUUGGGCCUCCUGGUAUUCCAGGUGUUGAUGGACUUAAGGGGGAUAUGGGCAUCCCAGGAAUAGACGGUAUCCCCGGGUCCAAGGGUGACAAGGGAGAUCAGGGUGAAAAGGGCGACAUGGGUGAGGACGGACCGAAAGGUGACAUGGGGGAGAAGGGUGAUGCCGGUUCUUCUGCAGCAGGGAUCAAGGGUGAGCCUGGAGAACCUGGACGAAGUGGAAUGAAGGGAGAGCCAGGACUACCAGGGCUGCCUGGACUGCCAGGGAUAAAGGGUGAGCCUGGGUUUCUUGGUCCCCAGGGAGAACCAGGGCUGCCAGGACUCCCAGGAACUAAGGGCGAGAGAGGUGACCAUGGACCACCAGGAAAGGGUGAACGAGGAGAAAUUGGACCAGUUGGGCCUAAGGGUUCACAAGGAGAGGCUGGACUGCCUGGCCUCAAAGGGUCAAAGGGGGAGACUGGAGAUAAAGGAGAUCUGGGAUUUGAUGGUCCAAAGGGUCCUCCUGGGCAGAAAGGAGACAGAGGAGCCACCGAAAUCAUCGACUACAACGGAAACAUCGAAGAGGCUUUGCAGAGGAUUACCACUAUUACAGUGACGGGUCCUCCAGGGCCGCCUGGACCAAUCGGACCUCAAGGAAUAAAGGGGGAUCGUGGUUUGCCUGGUCUCCCUGGACUGGAUGGAGAGAGAGGAUUUAAAGGCUCCAAAGGAGACAUGGGAAUGCCCGGGGCCUCUGGAGAGAAAGGAACCACCGGUUUACCUGGUUUACCUGGUGUAAAUGGGGCAAAGGGAGAUAAAGGAGAUGCAGGACUAACUGGUCCUCAAGGUCCAUCUAUUGUCGGCCCUCCAGGGCCCCCAGGACCGCACGGGCCCCCGGGACCUAUGGGACCGCAUGGCUUUCCUGGACCAAAGGGAGAACCUGGUUUACACGGUAUGAAGGGAACGAGAGGGGAACCGGGACACAAAGGGGACCGUGGACCGCUGGGCCUCCCUGGAGCCUCCGGCUUGGACGGCAAGCCCGGAAUUAGGGGUAUGGACGGGCCUCCGGGUCCAGCUGGUCCUGCUGGUCCGAAGGGUGACAUAGGUGAACGUGGAGCACCAGGUGAAGCCGGACCGAGGGGACCUUAUGGACUACCGGGUGCAGCUGGAACACCAGGGCUGGAUGGGUUACCAGGUCUAAAGGGAGAUAAAGGCGACGUUGGGGAAAGAGGAGAAAAGGGGGAGAAGGGAAAGAAGGGCAAAAAAGGGCCUAAGGGCGAGAAAGGAGAACAGGGUGCCCCAGGAUUAGAUGCACCCUGCCCAUUGGGCCCAGAUGGAUUACCAAUGCCUGGCUGUUGGCAGAAGGGAGUCACCCCAUGGCUGGUAGCCUGAGAAUUCUCAGAGAGUAAACCAUUGGUAGUUCUUGCUUUAUUGUGGUGGGGCCUGCAGAGCGCUCGGUCUCAGCGGAGCUUCACCGUGCGUCGGUCAGACACCUUAAGCUCUGGACGAGCGCACGCAGAGAAGAGAAACCACGAAGAUUUGAGUCUGGACAGGCCAAGCACCAGAGCAGUCGUUGAGAAGGCUCAUCGGUUUCCUUGGCGAUCGCUGACUGAACACAACAGCGUUUAUGUUUUCUUCAUUGAUUCUUUUUGCUCUCAUUCAUUUGUAUUUUGUGUAUAAUAGCCUUUGGUGCCUCAAGCUUUUAUUCAUUCCUUUAUAAGAAAUGUACAAAUGUGUAUCUUGUUCUGAACCAUGUUGAUGGUGUAUAUUUCAGAGAGGGAAGCUUUAUUUGGGAAGACAGAAAAGACAUUACGCACUGUUAUAUAUUUUCUCAUGUGAAUUACUUUUAACAGGAUUAGCUUCACCGGAGUGCAUGUCACUCAUUGUAUGAAGUAUUGUUUGUACAGUCUUCUUAGUUUGCUGCAUGAACAGUUUACUCUGGCAAGGUUUCUUAAAUAUCAGAAAUAAUUUAAAAGGUGGCACAUCUCAAUCUGAGGAGGUGGGUUCCCCCUUCAGUUUCAGGAGACUAGCUGAUUUGUUGGUGUUUCCAGUGCUAACGAUUGUUUUUAAACUCUUUUUAUUUUCUUUUGUUGUCUUAAAGUGGUAGUUCAGAUUCUUUCAAGUAAUAUUCUAUGAAGGUUUUGGAUUACAAAUGUCCUAAAUGUUGUAGAUGGCUCUUCAAACAGCCUUAGUGGGGAGAAAUAAAGUUUUAUUUUGACCACAUAGAUGAGAUAACGGUUAGUCCUAGCAGGGUUGAGACCAAAGUAGGUCACUGCUGUCUUAAAGAGCAAGUUCAAUGACAAAACGGUUUUUACUUGUUCUUUUUGAAAUACGGUCAGUAACUGAGUUUUUCAUGCAUGCUCAACUCAAAAAUAGUCCUCAACCCUUAUUUCCUGCAUUAGCUACCGACAGAUAACGGGCAAACGCUCAGGUCAGAAAAAGCUACAAAGAUCUACAUCACAUUAAAAUUAGCCUUCACGGACUCUCAUUUCUUGGCUCGCAACAGGGAAGGCUGUUGUUGAUUCGACAUCAAGGAAACAGCAGAACACAUCUCAGUUAGUAGAAGCUAACCACAUGGCAGAACUCCUUGAGGCUUGUGGUAUUUGUGGAGAUAAAUCAUCAACAUUGCAGAGCAAACGGAGGCAGCAAAAGAGUUGCUAUCCUGUUAGCCAAUAAGAGAGGAGAUGUCUGUAUAUCAUGAAUAUUAAUGAGUAAGACUCUAUUACUUUUUGUAACUUUUAUAGAUUUUUUUUUUUACCAAAGUAGCUUUAUUCAUGUUUUUCUCCAAGACAAUAAAUUGUCCUCAAAUCUGUAGCUUUGUGCUCACUGGAAGCUAACUGUUUCUACCUGCUUCCACAUAAAAAAUGUGUUCAAACUCUAAACACGUCGCAAUAUAUUGAAUAUAUAUUAUUUUUUUAACCUGGAAUAAUAAUUUCAUGCAAAUCUGACAUCACUGGCAAGAUUAUUCAUUACAUUGUUAGCAUCAACCUCUAUGUAUUUUUUUGCAUUACAAUUGUUUUUAGAUGACAACAAUCAUCUUUUCUUCUUAGCAUUUCUUUGACUAGCCAUUAGCUUGUCAAUCCAAUCACAGUUUAUCUCCAUUUCUCCAAACUGAGGCCAUUUAAAGCAAAAUCUACAACAGGUACAAUAUCAUUUAUUCAUCUCUUUUUCAAAGAAUUUCACCCAAAAGAUCUGAACUUUUUCUUUAAAUAUACAGAAAAACAAGAGAGGAUACAUUUAGAGAAAUUCAUUUUCUCCCACUUACAUCAUUCAAACUGUUGGCCAGUUGUGUCACAUUCCUAAUCAGAUGGAGCAAAAACAGAUGGUUUUCACCUCCUUUACUUUUGCAUGUUUCUUGUGGUAGAAUUGCACACACAGGCGGUGCCAUGUAAGGUAACUCAGUGCUUUUUUACGUCCAGUCGUACAGACAUACAUGGAAAUCCAACAUUUGGUUGUGAUUGUUUCGAUCCUCUCAGCGUGGUAAAGAUGGUGCUAUCUGAUCGUCAGUUGAUGUGCGCGAGACGCAACUGGUUUCUUUAUUGUUGUUGGGCUUUUUAUGUGUUCAAAGUUUUCUGUGCAUAUAUUUUGAAGUAUUCUCAUUUAUUUAUUUCUCUGUCAUUUUUUAAAUGAAGGUUUUUGUUUUUUGAAGUUCUAAUCAGCAUUCCAGCUAAUUUCAGCUAAAUAAAGGUCAAAGGCAUAAUGAAACACACAGUGGCAGGAAAGCUGCAUUGUACAGGAAACUGUUCUCGCUGUGCAUUUACUUUACUUUACGGGCCUUACCGUGCCACACAUACAUUUGCUUUGGAUCUAUUUUUGUGUGACAGAGUGAUGACAACAAAGUCCCCAUGGCCUGAACGUGGAUGAGCGCUACCGUUGCAGCCACACAGUCAUAAACAACAGCCUAGUCUCACACGCUCUGUUUUAUUUCUAUCUCUCCAACUCUUUGCAUUGAAUGUAGUUUAAUAUAUGUAUAGUGGAUUAUUAAUGUACAUGUGUGCUCAUUUGACAAAGUGCAAUUUAUACUUUGGUUCAUGCAUGUAGCAUAAAAUGCUGCUUUAAAACGUCACAUUGCAGUGAUUUACAGCUCCAUUUGUUCAGCCAUGAAUACCACUACCUGCAGACGUUUAUUUACAGGGAGGAGAGGGAGCAGACUUUUAACUCAAUCUUAAUUUACGUCAUUUGUGCUUCAAACCCUCCCUCUUUUGUUUAAAAGUGUUUUUUUCAUGGAUUUUUACCAAGUUUUUACAUUUUUUUAAAAAGUUGUGUUUUGAUUUCUAGCCUUUUUUAACAGAAUUUGUUCUCACGAGGUGCUGUAUCUUUAGAAUGUGCAGCUAUUACGGUGUUUUUUGUUUGGGUUUGUCUUUAAAGUUUUGGAUUUUGUUCAAUGAUCUAUUAGCAGAAGUGCCAACAUACCUGAAAUGUUUCUGUACUGCUGCAAUAUUUGUUACAUUAGAAUUGUGCCAAAUCUGGAAUAUUGGUGAGUUUUUAAAAAGGUCAACAUGUGGAUUUAAAACAAAACUGCAGGUGCAGGAUUAUGAAGUUAAAACUUUAUUCUCGCAGCCUCUGAUACACGGCAGAAGUAUCAUUAAACUGUCUGGGUUGUGACUCUUCAUUUCUAUAACUUCAUUCACUCAAUAUGUUUCUUAAGACUCUUAUCACAUUCUGUAUUUCAAGUAGAUAUUUCAUAUGACUGAACUGUUGGAGCCAAAUAAACAGUCUUUCAAAUACA